CCGUCUGCGGCGCGCAAACGUGCAAAGUUGUUGUGCCUGAAACCAAAGCUGCAGAGACACAGUGAAGAUGUUUUACUGGAUGAAGAGGAGCAGCGGCGGCUCCGACAAUCUGGACCGACUCGGCAACAUGUCGAAGGCGGAAAUCCUCCGAGGAAUCGUCACCGAGAAGCUGAGCACGGCCGCGCAGGAGAUCUUAGCGGUGGUGGAGAGGACCGUGGCCGGGUACGAGGAGGAGGCGUCGGGCUUCAGACGGGAGAUCGAGCGGCAGAAGAGGCAGCUGGAGCUCCUGCUGCAGCCCCGGGUCAAACUGGAGAGGAGAGAUCUGAACCCAGAUGGCGAGGACCAUGAGGUGGUUGUUUUGAGGGAGGAGAAAGAGGAGGAGGAGCAGCACACGCAGCACUCAGCUGUGGAGGACACGGGGAGCCUGGGCCUCCUGUGGUUCAAUGAGGAAGAGGAUGGUGAUGGUGACGAUGGAGUUGACGAAGAGCAGCAGCUGUCAGCAACGAGCUCCAGACAGAGGCGAGAAGAUCUGAAGGAUCCGGAUUAUCAAAUAACAUCAAGGGUCAUUUCCCCCAGAGCUCGGUCUGACAGGAGGAAGCCCGGCAGACCUCGGCUCAGCGACACACAGAGCCAUCUGGACCUCAGGAUCUGCAUCCUGGAGGACUCUCAGACUGACGUGCUCUCGAAUACAGGUACGUUCCACAGUUAUCACAGUAGUGACUAG